CAUUCGCAACACCAAAUCCAAAGCGCAUGUUCGCACGAAUCUCCAUACAAAGAUAACGAUUUUGAUGGAAUACCGAAGUGUCGCUGCCUUUCUAGAUCCGAUGAGAUGGGAAGCACACGUUUAAAUACAGCCAAUGUAGACAUAAGAGGUUUUUUUAUAGAACUAUUUGCCGUGGGUACGAUUCGUCCCCCUCUCUUUGUUCUUCCACCUAACAGAUCUCUUCUUUUGGAAGCAAACCAAAGUUGAUGGAAGCAGAACGGGAACGAGAGUUAUAUAAAGAAGAUAUGAUGGGAUGAAGGAAGCCCUAGUGGAAGAAGAAGACCCAGAAGAGAGAAAUGGCGAGGGGAGAAAGCAGAGGGAAGUGGUGUUCUUACAAACGAACCACUGUAGUCAUCUGCUCCAUCAACAUCGUCGCUGCGUUUUACAUUCUGCACUUUCUCUACAACUCCCUCCACAUCUAUUCCAACAAUGCCGAUUCCUACGGUGGUAUAUUCACUCAAGAUCAGAUUAAGAGAAUGGAAGAAUCGAUUCGGGUUCGAAAGGAAUCAGAACCCAUAGAACUUGUUAGAUUGGUGACGGAAAUACAGAAGGAAUUUUCCAGACAACAAAAAGCACCAGAACUGUCUCGGCAUGUGAAUCAGCUAAUAAAUAAGGAGAUUCGAGAGAAGUUGAAAGGGCUCAACGCUAACGCAAAUGUGAGUGAACAGCGAGAAGCAGUGGAGAGCUGGCGCCAGGAAAAACUACAAGAGAUCAAACAAUUAACACUUGGACAGGCAACCUUGAAUUCAACCAUUCCAGCCAAAGAAGCCCAGAAGCUUUUAAGAGCUCUGGAAUCUGAUUGGACUGUGCUACUUGAAAAAAUUGGCCUUUGGAUGCCCGCUGAAAUCGUCCACAAGGAACAUCAUGAUAAACCUGAGGGAGAGCUAGAACUUGAGGAUCAAAUUAUACCUGGCCGGGCAAUUCCAUCUGAAUGCCAUGCCGAGAUUCAUACAGAUUAUGGUGGGGCUGCUGUCAGGUGGGGUCUUACCUACCAUCAGGAAAGUGCCGCUGACUGCUGCCAGGCCUGUUUGGAUCAGGCUAAAAAUUCAAAGCCAGAUGAAAUGAAAUGCAAUAUAUGGGUUUAUUGCCCUUCUGAGACAGGGUGCUAUUCGCCAGAUAUUUAUGAACACAAGCAUCAGGAAUGCUGGCUAAAACAUGCAGAAAAACCUCCAUUGAACUUCAAAGACAAGUACCCUGAAUCUUAUAGAGAUGCUCACCCAACUGCACCAGUGAUCGUUCCUUGGGUCUCAGGUGUUAUUAGUACAUGAGAAGGUUUUGCAUCGGGAGGUUGGCUAGAGGGAUGGUCACAAAUCCAUCUCUCAUGUAAACUACAAAUACUCACUCUUGAGGUCAGCUCUAAACUCGAGCUAAACUUCCCCGUGGAGGUAUUUUGUAGGCUUAAGUUAAUGUUUAUUUAUCAUAGUCAUUUUUUUUUCUUUUUGUAACAUAGGUUCUGGUCUAGGGGCUGAUACCUUUUAAGUUCAUAGUAUCACCCUUUGGGGAGUUUUGAGUAGUGAAACCUACUGCAGCUCAUUGAUGGAUGUAAUUAGUGAUAUUUGAUUCAUUGUAAUGUGGAUAUUAUGAUUUAUUGGGAUUGAUAUUUCUAUUUCCUGAAUUCCCAUAA